AUGUUUCGUGCGCAGCAGAAUGCUUUUGACGACGCCGUCGCCAAGGCGACAGACGAGAACCUGACUUCUGAGAAUUGGGAAUAUAUUCUGGAUGUCUGUGAUAAGGUCGCUGCGGAAGAGUCGGGGGCGAAAGAGGCUGUUGCGGCUAUGAUUAAACGGUUGGCGCAUAGGAAUGCCAAUGUGCAGCUUUAUACUUUGGAGCUUGGAAAUUCCUUGUCGCAGAACUGUGGCCCCAAGAUUCAUCGCGAGCUGGCCUCGAGGAGCUUUACUGAUGCGCUGUUGCGCCUGGCGGCUGAUCGUAACACACAUCAACAAGUGAAGUCGAAAAUUUUGGAACGGAUGCAGGACUGGACAGAGAUGUUCUCUUCAAACCCGGAUUUUGGCAUUAUGGAACAGGCCUACAUGAAGCUGAAGACUCAAAACCCCAACCUGCAGCCUCCGUCGAAGCCCGUUAAGAGCGCGAUGACCGAUGUCGACCGACAGAAGGAAGAAGAGGAAUUGCAGAUGGCACUUGCACUCUCCAUCAAGGAUAAGAAUCCGCCACCAGGCCCGGCACCUCAAGCUGAGUCCUCCUCGGCGGCAGCUGCAUCUUCGUCUGCGUCCGCGCCAGCUCCAACAAACACGGCCGAUGCUGCUAUCUCUCAGCCCGUUCCCUCGGGCACAUCCGCGGCUACCGUGUCCCGCGUCAGAGCUUUGUUCGACUUCCAGCCCUCGGAGCCCGGAGAGCUUCAAUUCCGCAAGGGUGAUAUCAUUGCGGUCUUGGAAUCAGUGUACAAGGAUUGGUGGAAGGGUUCUUUACGCGGACAGACGGGUAUUUUCCCUCUGAACUAUGUGGAGAAGCUUCCCGAUCCUACUGUGGAAGAGCUGCACCGGGAGGCACAGAUGGAAGGCGAGGUCUUUGGCCAGAUCAAGAACGUUGAGAAGCUCCUGACACUGCUGAGCACUCGAAGCUCGGACUUGAACGUUCAGGAGAACGAGGAGAUUACUACCCUUUAUCACUCUACGCUGGCCAUUCGCCCUAAGCUGAUUGAGCUUAUUGGGAAGUACUCGCAGAAGAAAGAUGAGUUCACUCAAUUGAACGAGAAAUUCAUCAAAGCUCGUCGUGACUACGAGUCGUUGUUGGAGGCCUCAAUGGCUCAUCCACCACAGGCUCAGUAUGGACGUCCUGGACAGCCACCAUACGGAUAUCCUGCCGCGGCCCCUGUUGGAUACCCGCAGGGUCCUCCUCAGGGUGCUCCUCAACCGGAUCAGCGAUACUUCAGUCCUCGACCCCAAGAUACACCAACCCCACAGUCGCAGCCCAAUGCGUACUACGGCGCGGAACAGUCGAUGCCAUACCGACCCGCGUCUCACUCCCCCGAUCCUCGUUCUCAGUACCCAGGUGGAGCCCAGCCUCUGGCACAGCCACUGGUACAGCAGCAAACCCCGCAACCGGACUCCUACCAGCCUGUACACCACCGCCCUCAGUCAACAUAUGAUUCGCCACAAGAACUCGGAACAUCGGUCUACGAUUCGCCUGUAGACCAUCCAGCUGCUGCCAACCAACGUCCCCCCUACCCGGCUUCAGGCCAAGCUCCUCCAACUGCCCACCAGCAAUUCCAACAGCAGCAGCAGCAGCAGCAACAGCAACAGCAGGACUACUCACCUUCCGUCUACUCUACCGAUGACCCGUCUGCCUCUGGAAUGCACCAACAAUCUCCCCACCAGUUCCCUCCCCAGCAGCAGCAGGCACAGCAAGCCCCAUACCCAACAUCCCCACCCGCGCACCAACCACCCCCUAUCCCCGGUGCUGCUCCUGCUUCUCAACCUGCCCAGUACACUGCCUUUAAUCCCGCGCCCUCGGCUCCGCCAACCGGGGAAUACCAAGCGUACCAGCCCUCGCAGGCUGGAGUACCUGCGUCAAACCCCGCUUCUUUCUACAGAUAA